UCUCGCUCUCUCUCUUUCUCAAUCCUCCCCAGGCUUGGGGCGAGGAGGGGGGCUUCUCUGGCUGCAACUGAUUAAAGGCUGCGUUUGUUAGCCAGUUUCUUCCUUGUUUUGCUUUCCUUUCUCCAGAGACGAGAAGGGGGUGGGACGGGGGGCUUUCCCCAGCCAUCGACUUCAACCUGCCCAUGUUGUGGUUUUGCAGAAACUGCUAGACGCAACACAUUUCUAUUUUUUUCCCAAAGUUGUUGGGAAACCCAGAGGAUGGGACUUUAUUGUAAUUAUAGCUAUUUGCGAGCCUUGCAGUUGUUCGCUUGGACUUUUCCCUUAAUGACAUUUGCUUCCUUCACGGACGAAACCUUAGAGAGAGCCGCCAAAUCCGAAGGAUAUUGCAGCCGGAUUCUGCGAGCCCAAGGCACUAGGCGAGAAGGAUAUAAUGAAUUUAGUCUCCGCGUGGAAGGCGAUCCGGAAUUCUACAAGCCCGGAAACAGUUACAGGGUAACUCUUUCUGCUGCAACUCCAGCCUACUUUCGUGGAUUCACACUUAUUGCUUUGAAAGAGGGAAAAGAGGGAGACAAAGAAGAAGACCAUGCAGGAACCUUUCAGAUUAUUGAUGAAGAAGAAACUCAGUUCAUGAGCAAUUGUCCUGUGGCUGUUACUGAAAGCACACCAAGGAGGAGGACACGUAUUCAGGUUUUUUGGACAGCGCCUCCUUUGGGCACGGGCUGUGUAAUUCUGAAGGCAAGUAUUGUGCAAAAGAGAAUUAUUUAUUUUCAAGAUGAAGGAUCUCUCACCAAGAGGCUAUGUGAACAAGACUCAGCUUUGGAAGGUGUGACUGAUAAGCCAAUCUUAGACUGCUGUGCCUGUGGAACUGCUAAAUAUAGGCUUACCUUUUAUGGAAACUGGUCAGAGAAGACACACCCAAAAGAUUAUCCACGGCGAGCCAACCACUGGUCUGCAAUCAUUGGUGGAUCUCAUUCAAAGAACUAUGUACUCUGGGAAUAUGGUGGUUAUGCAAGUGAAGGAGUCAAGCAGGUUGCUGAGCUGGGAUCUCCAGUAAAAAUGGAAGAAGAAAUUCGGCAACAGAGCGAUGAGGUUUUGACUGUCAUCAAAGCAAAAGCACAAUGGCCUGCCUGGCAACCACUAAACGUGAGAGCAGCGCCCUCUGCUGAAUUUUCUGUGGACAGAACUCGCCAUCUGAUGUCUUUCCUUACAAUGCUAGGGCCCAGUCCAGACUGGAACGUAGGGCUAUCAGCUGAGGACUUGUGUACCAAAGAGUGUGGAUGGGUCCAGAAGGUCAUUCAAGAUCUGAUACCAUGGGAUGCUGGCACUGACAGUGGGGUUACCUAUGAGUCACCCAACAAACCAACACUACCUCAAGAGAAGAUAAGACCUCUCACAAGCCUUGAUCAUCCCCAGAGUCCCUUCUAUGACCCAGAAGGAGGUUCCAUUAAGUCAGUAGCCAGAGUUGUCAUAGAAAGGAUUGCACGUAAGGGGGAACAGUGCAAUAUUGUUCCAGAUAACGUUGAUGAUAUUGUCGCUGAUCUUGCAGCAGAAGCUCCAGAAGAUGAAGAUGACACUCCAGAAACCUGCAUCUAUUCAAACUGGUCUCCAUGGUCAGCCUGUAGUUCUUCCACUUGUGAAAAAGGCAAACGAAUGAGACAGCGAAUGCUUAAAGCUCAGCUGGACCUCAGUGUGCCAUGUCCAGAAACUCAGGACUUUCAACCAUGUAUGGGCCCAGGCUGUAGUGAUGAAGAUGGUUCCACAUGCAUGAUGUCUGAGUGGAUAACCUGGUCCCCCUGCAGUGUGUCCUGUGGCAUGGGAAUGCGAUCAAGAGAAAGAUAUGUGAAGCAGUUUCCUGAAGAUGGCUCUAUGUGCAAAGUCCCUACUGAAGAAACAGAGAAAUGUAUUGUAAAUGAGGAAUGUUCUCCUAGCAGUUGCCUGGUGACAGAAUGGGGGGAGUGGGAUGAAUGCAGCGCCAGCUGUGGCAUGGGAAUGAAGAAACGGCACCGAAUGAUAAAGAUGACUCCAGCUGAUGGAUCCAUGUGCAAGGAAGAAAUCACAGAAGCAGAAAAAUGCAUGAUGCCUGAGUGCCAUACCAUACCUUGUAUGCUGUCUCCGUGGUCUGAGUGGAGUGACUGCAGUGUAACAUGUGGGAAGGGGAUGAGAACACGACAAAGGAUGCUGAAAUCUGCUGCUGAACUUGGAGACUGCAAUGAGGAGCUGGAACAAGUGGAGAAAUGCAUGCUACCAGAGUGCCCUAUUAACUGUGAAUUAACCGAAUGGUCCCAAUGGUCAGAAUGUAAUAAGUCUUGUGGGAAAGGUCAUAUGAUCAGGACAAGAAUUAUUGACAUGGAGCCCCAGUUUGGAGGAGCACCAUGCCCAGAAACAGUACAACGCAAAAAAUGCCGAAUAAGAAAAUGUUUGAGAAAUCCCAACAUUGAGAAAAGGCGCUGGAAAGAGCCUCGAGAGAAAAGGAGAAGUGAGCAAGCAAAAGACGAUGUUGAUGGUGAGCAAUUUCCAGGUUGUAAGAUGAAACCAUGGACUGCUUGGUCAGAAUGUACGAAACUAUGUGGGGGUGGAAUCCAGGAGCGGUUCAUGACAGUAAAGAAGAGAUUCAAAAGCACUCAGAUCACUAGUUGCAAGGAUAAGAAGGAAUUAAGAGCCUGCAAUGUUCACCCUUGUUAACAAAACCAGAGGCUUUUGAAUAAUGCACUCUGAGAGAAAUGUAAAAUCAACCUUGAUUUGAUUUUUUUAAAAAAAGAUAUAAAUUGUGUAUAUUAGUCUUCAUUUUUGCAGUGUGGUUUGCUUAUUAGUCUUGCUGGUGCAAGAGAUAUAUUUUAUAAAUAUUUCCUCACAGAAGAAUGCUGAGAGUUGCUUGGAUGCUCCAGCUAGCCCUUAAUGCAUAAAAUUAGUGAUGUCAUUGUGAAAUCCUAUAACUUUGAAAUGAUAGACAUCUCUGUGGACAUACCAUGGUCAUAGAAAUAUUCCCUGUAAAUACAUGGGAUGCAUGCAUACAUGACAUUGCAAACUUAACUAUCUAUUUGGAUCCAGUUUCAGAAUAUCCAAAGCAGUGCCUCUGUGAUUACAAAACUGUGCCAAGGAAGUAUUUGGAUAAUCCUGGUUCAAUAAUACUACAGGUGCAUAUUCAUCUUUACUAUCAUGGUGUAAAAACUGCAUUAAUAGAAAUUCUCUGUCUUUUUUAUUCCUUCCUGAAAAUACUAGGUUCUCCAAUAGAAUAAAUAACGUUUUUGUUCUUCCCAGAUUGAAAAGGGAAAUCCCAGUUUAAACAGUUCACAAAUGAUUAGCCCUGUGGUAGGGAACUUUUGUUGUUUGCAUGCCACAUGUAAAUUAGCCACCACAUAUUUGCACAAGGACCUGUGCUGGGUGGUCAAGAACAGGCAGGUUAACUCUCUCCAUGCAGUUUGGUUAAACAGAUCUCAGGAGCUUCAUAGGAAACCAUGGGCUUCAAAAAGCUGAAUCAACAUACAUAUAAAAUCCAAUGUUUAAAUAUCCACUACAUGGGAGAAUCUGUCCAUUCUAGAGCUUUGGAAUAUUUCAGACCUCAUACUGCAGAGCAACACCAAAGAGGAAUAGAAAGAUUAGUUUUCUCCUGUUCCUUACAGAGGCUGCUUUUGCUUCAUUCAGACACAGUACAAUGACCAUAGAUUUCUACUGCAGACUUCAUUGCUAUUGUCUUUUGUUUCUUCUAAUUUCUCUGCCAUGUUUCUCAGUCAGCAUAUGCAAACAUCAGCACAACUAGGAAUGGUCCUAGACUAAAUUGUGCCCAAGACAAGGAGAAUCUUUGAUCAUUUUCUCCACUGAACACAACCAAAAUGGCAUUAUACAGAUCCUAUGAACUUUUGUUUAAAUGAUGUUCAGUUCUCUCUGGGUUUGUCAUAUUGAACUCAAAAGGAUCCUCAAUGAGAAGAAAACUCUUUCAAUGGAUUGUACACACUGCCUUAUUUACCCCUUGCAACUAGCCUCCCAGAUUCUUGGCAUCUUCUCUUCUGAUAGGCUUUUCCAUUCUCAAAACUCAGACUGGCUUGUUGAUGGCAUAUCCUUGUUAGAGUUAGGGUGUACCUGUGGAAAUUUAUUUUCAGAUGUACCACUACUUUGAGGAAAACAAUUCUGGAGUCAUUUCCAGCAUAGAUUAGCCAAAAAACAAUGGAGGGCCAAGGGCCAAAUAUAGUGGAUCUGGAGUACUGUUUGGUGCUGGAAAGUACUGAGCAGAAACAUCAUGAAGGAAAGAGUACACCUAUAAGACAAUAUGUGAAAAUAGGUUGAUAUUCUUUUUUCUUUUUUUGCAUCUCUGUUUCUCAGCUAUUUAAGAUUUAAAAAUUAUACAUUAAUUCCCCAACAUUUAUAUAAUUAUUCAGUCAAAAUAUGCAUGGAAUAUGCAUUCAGUGGCAUAUGCUGAGUUGCAUUAAAUUGCAAAAAAGUUUCUUUAUGCUAUUCUAGUAUUAAAUGGUAAUAAGGAAAAUGGAAAGAGUGCUGGUGACAUUGCACUAAGAAAGAGUUCUGUGAUUUCGAUAGAGUUAAUUAUUCACUUUUCACUGCUUUCCAUAUUUGACUGCCAUAGGUAAUUGCUCAAUGUAGAUGCCAUUAAUUUUUCUAAUAUCUAAUGGUGUUAUGAUUGGUUGAUUGGUUGAUUGGCUGACUUUUCCAGUGAUUAGACAGCAUGAAAUAUCAUUGGCCUUUGAAAAAAAAAAUCACUUGGGGCCAGACUACAAGUGACGAAUGACACAGGUUGGACACUUGUCAGCUUCCCUCAAGUUUUGAUGGGAAAUGUAGGCAGCUUGGCGGAAUGUUGGAUAAGUGACAGUUGAAAAGUCCAUUGGACAGCAGUCUGAGAGCCAAGCUGCGAGACCAUGAUGCGUACAUUUCCCAUCAAAACUUGAGGGAAGCUGACAAGUGUCCAACCUGUGUCAUUUGUCACUUGUAGCUUGGCCUUGAGUCUGUUACUGAGAGCACAAUGGUCCCAGUUCAUGCUGCUGCAUUUCUUCUAAUGAUGCAAGGAAAAUAUUCUAGCUUGUUAUUUUUCAUUAAAAAAAAAGAAAAAUAGUACUGUGCCAAUCACUUUCAAUAGAACUUUACUCAUGACAACCUUCUACUGAUUAAAAUUACAGUAAAAAUAACUAUAGCUGAAGUGGGGCCUUUAACUUAAAGACAAUAUUUUUCUGAUAAAGGAAGCAAACCCCAAAGCUAUAUGGAAUGCAUAGAAUUCUUGCAGUGUUGCUGUAAACCUAGUAUUAUAUUAUUUGCUAUCCAUUGGUCAAGAACAAACCAAGCUGGUUUCCUUAUAUAAUCUAUGUUGGUUACAUUCCAUCUGCAACUGAAAUCAUAGCUCUAGGAAUUUUAUACACCUCACUUUCCACUUACUAGCAUUCUCUUAUUUUCUAUUGUUACAUAAUCUGUAGAAUAUUUACAAGCAAUGAAACAGAAAUAUUUGGGGACUUACAUGUACAACAGGUUUUAAUAAAAGCCACUUGAUUUUUUAAAACAAACAAAAAAUUAUCUUUGUUUUUAGAAAUUUUUUUUAUGUUCUUUUUUGGUUCACGAUGGGAUUUCUGAAAAAGCUGUCAUGGAUAUAUUUCUUACCAAAGUCUUGUGUAGAUGUUUUGUAUGUAGUUGUCUGGCUAACACAUUAUUAUUUUGGAAUAAAGACAUCUUUAUUAUGA